AUCCUUGGAUUUAGGUCAUCGGCACCCGAGUACAGUGCGCGUCACAGUGAAGACAUUCCCAUUUCCCACGCCUCCCUCCACCACAACCACCAUCAUCAACCCACCUCGAUCGAUACCCUGCUUCUCGCACUAAAGCAGUCAGAUGCUCUGCCAUUGUACUCUUCUUGCUAGAAUAAGGCAGCUAUAGUAGAACCUCUUUUGUCUUCCUUCCAAGCCUCACAAAACUGUUCUUCAAGGCAUCAGCUAAAGCAUAGAGUCUCGCGAGGAUUGUUUGCUGUAGCGCUUGAUUUUGGACCUCCUUGCUGUGAUCUGGAAGGUGCUGAUUCCAGAGAUUAUUCGGUUUACUUGGUGUCUAUCAAAAGAGUAAGCAGAAGAUUGGUGGCAGAAGAGUGCUCAAGAGCAACAAUAACAACCUCGAAGACACACCCAUUGGUAGUUAGAAAUAUCAAUUCACCAUGGCUUACCGCAUGCCCAACGGGUAUUCCAACGAAGGCGAUGACGACUAUGAUUCGCAAGAUGACGAGAGUGUCGCCAUCAGCGUAGAUAUUGAUUCAGAGUACGAAGGAAGUGAUGGUGAAUACAGUGAAGCAGAAAACAAUGAAGAAGAAGACAAUCACCGUCACAGACGAGGAGGAGGCCAUGGCAAGGGACCUCCACGACGAUCCAAAUCCUUUCAAGAGGAUCACCUACGAGGAAGUCACAGUGGUCAAGGACGCGACUCUCAUCAUCAUCAUGGACGAGAAGGAGGCCGCCGCCCACCCCCACGCAGCAAAACCUUUGAUGGUGGUCACAAUUCCAUGCGAUCGCUCGGUGGACCCCGCAUGCCCCGUCGGGAAAAUUCCAAGACAAAAUUGGAUAAGGAAGCCAUUGCCAGCAAUCGAGCACGGCGAUUGAGAGCCAUGGGAGAAAGUACGGGUGACAGAAGGGUACAGUUGUUGCGGCGUUCUCAAUCCUUCAAGGGGGAUAAAAAGUCGGGUGCUUCCUUGACAAGAGAUAAAGAUGACGAAGAAAAGAAAGAUGAGGGGCGUCGUGCACCCCGACGACCAAACUCCAAGGAGUCUUCGGCAUUACCAGAGGAAGAUCAACAAUAUGCUCGUACCGCGGCCCGUGGAGUGACACGCAGCAAGUCACUCAAAGCAGAGCGCCCCAAUCUCACCAAACAAUCCAGUCAAGUCAUGAGUCGAUUGAAUAAAAUGAAGGGUGCUGGACCGGGCAAGGAAGGACCCUCCAGUCGGCAUCGUACCAGAGAGAGUAAGAGCAAAGAUGGAAAUUCAGAAGUCAAAAAAGAAGCCGCGGCAGCAUCACCAAAGGCCACCGGCUUGCAGUGGUGAGGAAAAAGAGGAGGAAAAGAAAAUAAUGCAGAGUGCAAAUGGUUGCAGAAGAAAAUUGUUUGCAAGCUUGAUUUUUGCAGCCUAUGCAAUGCAACAACAAAAUUGACACAGUCUCUGUACUGUGAGGGCUAGUGUUGUGGAAUACGAUACUUUGUAGUAGGGCUGACUGUUUUUGGAGCCCCCUGGGCGCUUUUAUGCAAUGAGUAUGCCUCACCUGCCAAGACGGCAGUGGUCAGUGGCUAGAACCAACAACAAAAACAUGAAUGAAUAGUGAGAUAUCUGCAUGAAGCUUCUUGUUGAAUUAAAUAAUCAAACUUAACUCAUCACAGAAACCCCACCGAUCAGAGCAGUAAAUGAAGGUCUUAUUGCCAUCUACCA